AUGCAGCUCGCCUCCGUCCUCGCUACCCUCGCGGCGCUCAAGGCCGUCGCCGCCCUCCCUUCCGCUUCUACCGAAGUCGCAAAGGUCGUCACAGGCGCCAGCGUCUCCGCAGACGAAAUUCCCGACGCCAUGAAGUUCAACCCUGCCAACGCCACUGACGCCACGGCUCUUGCCUCCCGCGCUCUCGACAAGCGUGCUUCGCUCGGUGUCUACCUCUGCAAGGAUGCUCCGUUUGUGGCUGGCACUUGCCAGCAUAUCUUCAGCAACCCUGAUGAGUGCAGCAUGUGGCUCCGGUCGGUCCUUCUUUCGUAUUUGGAAAAGACGGUUAUCUCGCCGGUCAAGUCUCCAGCGUUGGGCCUGAUCAGGGCGCCUACUGCCGCUUUUUCUUGUAUGCUCCCCUUAGUAGUUUCCUUCGUCCUCCGUCUCCCUGCGGUCAAGUACCCUUCGUCUCCCUCCAUCAACGUCGAGAAAGCCAUCUACUCCCGCACUCGAAACGCUCCAAUCUCCAAACCUCCGAUGCCACCGGUCGACUCCAACUGCCCCGCCAACAACGACGAGAACGGCUGCCGCCACUUGGACUCCGUGUCCCCCGGCCGCUCCAACCUGAACACCGCCAGCAACAACGUCUGUGGCGUCAACUCCAAUGACAAGAUCAGGAGCUACAGGUGCUGGAACAACUAAACUACCUGAGUCACGAAUGUACUCGGCUUAACCAAAGCGAUGAGAGUCCUUGGUGAUGAGGGUUUGUUUUUGUACCUUGACGGUUCUGAAACUGUCACGAUGCAGAGAGUGUUGGAGUGGGGAAGAGAAAGGGGCGGCGAUGGCUGGGUUUGGAAGGUGAACGGGAAGGAGCAACUUGGGCAAAACGUCUGUUGUUGACAGAAGCAACUUGUGUGUGUGUGUGCGUGUGUGUGU